AUGGUAUCCUGCCCGAUAUGCGAGAAGGCCGUCCCGCAAUCAAAAAUCAACGAUCAUAUUGACUCUGGCUCCGUCCUCUUCCCCGCGGAGCUAUCAUCCUCCCAGAAAGGGCCUGUCGCGAGCAUUUUCCAACCUCCGUCGGCUCGCAAAGCCUCUGCUCAGCCCAGUCUUACCAAAGAGUCACCAUCCAGACAAGGGUCUGCCUCUCAACGUCCCCUCAAUGGCAAGAGAUCAUUCGGCCAGGACACGCCAUCGCGAGAACCCCAGAAUGGAGUAAAGCCGCUGAAUGGUGAAUUGACAGAGCCACAAGCGAAGCGUCCAAAGAUCAACGCCUUUCAUAAGGCCGCCCCGCUGGCUGAGCGCAUGCGGCCGAAGACUCUCGAUGAUGUCUGCGGCCAAGAGCUCGUCGGUCCCAAUGGAGUCCUCCGUGGCCUUAUUGAGGAAGACAGAGUACCAAGCAUGAUACUGUGGGGUUGUGCGGGGACUGGUAAGACUACCAUUGCUCGAGUGAUUGCGUCCAUGGUGGGAAGCCGAUUCGUGGAGAUCAACAGCACGAGCUCCGGUGUUGCGGAGUGCAAGAAGAUUUUCGGCGAAGCUCGUAAUGAGCUUGGUCUCACGGGAAGGAAGACGAUUAUAUUCUGUGAUGAAAUUCAUAGGUUCUCCAAAUCCCAACAGGAUGUAUUUUUGGGCCCUGUGGAAAGUGGUCAGGUCACUCUUAUUGGCGCAACCACCGAGAAUCCAUCGUUCAAGGUCCAAAAUGCUCUACUUUCUCGAUGCAGAACCUUCACUUUGGCCAAACUCACGGAUGAUGAUGUUACGUCAAUUCUCCAGCGAGCUUUGAAAGUUGAGGGACCAAGCUACAAACCUUCGGAAUUGGUGGACGAUGAACUCAUCCAAUAUCUCGCCAGGUUCGCUGACGGUGAUGCCCGGACCUCCCUCAACUUAUUAGAGCUCGCUAUGGAUCUGUCUAAACGACCGGGAAUGACAAAAGAAGACCUGAAACGAGGUUUGACCAAAACCUUGGUCUAUGAUCGUGCUGGUGAUCAACACUAUGACACGAUAUCGGCCUUCCACAAGUCCCUCCGCGGGAGCGAUCCAGAUGCGGCGCUCUACUAUCUGGCUCGCAUGAUUCAGUCUGGUGAAGAUCCUCUGUAUAUUGCAAGGCGGUUGAUUGUCGUCGCUUCCGAAGACAUCGGCUUGGCAGACAACAGCAUGCUUACCCUCGCCAUUUCCACACAUGCUGCCGUCGAGAAGAUCGGGCUUCCCGAGGCGCGGAUCAAUUUGGCCCAUGCCACUGUUGCCAUGGCAUUGUCGAAAAAAAGCACAAGAGCGUACCGCGGUCUGAACAACGUUUUUGCUGCGUUGAAUGAGCCGGGAGUUGCAGGCUUGCCCAUUCCUGUUCACCUCCGAAAUGCCCCGACCAAGUUGAUGAAGGAGCUCGGCUAUGGAAAAGAAUACAAGUACAAUCCCAACUAUCUUGGUGGUCAGGUACAGCAAGACUAUCUCCCCGAGCCUCUGCGUGGUCGAGAAUUUCUGGAAGAGCUGGACUUGGGCUCUCUUCGAGAUCCUGAUCUGUAUAGUCCUAAGAGCCGAUGUUGA